CCCUGGUCAAAAAUGCUCUUCUCCCGCUCGCUGGCUCCUCUGGCCGGACGCUGGGCCGGACGCGUUCGAUGUGUUCCCAAUUUUUUCGGACUCGCUUUGAGCUCUUUCCCACUGAAUUUGAACGUCGUACUGGCACGAAUUAAGGCGGACACAGUGCUUCCCACAGCUGGGGCACGAUAUCCAGGCCCCUCGACAUCUUUCUCUGGGAACACUCGAUAAGGGAUACUCUGCUUGGGUAGUUUCAGUUUGUGCUGUCUACAACGAUGACAGAACACAACUAUUUCGAGGCGCUGGAAACAGCACUCGUACACGAGAAACGAGUGGUGACCUACAAGUGGCUCAGUCGCAAGCUGAAGAUAGACGUCAAUGUGGCCAAACAAGUGUUAUACAACUUCCACCAAGCACAACCAUCUCUCGGCAUAUACGCAAACUACUAUCUUCAGGGAGAGCAGAAGAAAAGUGGAAUGCUGCGAUGCGAAGUCGUUUCUCAGGAGCGUUUGGAAGAGGCAAAGGAUCGAUUCAGGCGGUAUACAAUCCAUUGCUAUAGUCUGCAACCGGCUCCGAUACAGGAUAAGAAUGCCCUUUUCAGUACGGAUUUCGAAGUAGCCAAGAGCGACACGCCUGAACUGUUGAAAGCUUGUCGUGUGAUAACGAAUGCGGACGUGCAAUGGCGGAAAGGCGUGAAACCUGCUGCACAGGUCAAACCACCAGCAGAUACAAAACCUGUGGUCGUCCCCAAGGCGGAUGAGGAGCCGGAGGUCAUUCCGAAUAAGGGUCAACAAAAGCUGCGGGUGAGCUCAUCAAAUGGCACCAAGGCACCUCUGACGCGUAAAGGGUCUGCAACUGCCAACGAGGUAAAAGCAAAAGCAACGUUCUUCGACGCAUACGCAAAGAAAGCCGUAAAAGACGCCGCUAAGGAACUCCCACCUUCCAAACCCGAACCUAAAUCGAGCGCGCCCAAGAAAGGGUCGGCAAUCAAAAAGCAGGGUUCAGCAUCAAGUAUACUCAAGGAAGUGCAACCAGACCCGGACGCCGUCAAACGCGCUGAGGAUCAUGACAGUAUCGCCAAGAUGUUUGAUUCGGACGCGGAUAACGAGGAUGAUGAAGGGGCCGAGUCGGAUUCCGAGCUUGCUCAGAUACGGGAAAUGGCUCGACUUGCAGCGGGUGCAGGUGAUGAUGAAAUGGAUGUGGAUGAGCCUAAGGUUGCGCCCUUAAAAGAGGAAGAGCCUGAGGACGUGGUGGAGAUGCUGUCGGUGGCAGAUGAUCAGGGACAAGAAGAUGGAACCCCCUCCCGACGCGUCAAGAAGAGGAGACGAGUCAAGAAGACCCGUACCGUGGUAGACGGAAAAUACAUGAAAACGGAAGACUACAGCGACUGGGAAGAAUACUCAGAAUCAGAACCCGACGUUAAAGGCCCACCUAUGAAACGGUCUAGAUCGGACGGUCCCCCUCAUGCACCAGUGGCAUCAAAAGCUGAGGCAGGAUCCAGUUCUCCGACGGAGGGGAAGAAAGCGAGCGCAAAGGCAAAAGCUGGCAAGAAGGGUGGGGCGGGACAGCAGAAGACGUUGCUGAGCUUCUUUGGCAAGAAAUAGUGGUGGGUGGUGCAGUGCGUGCUCUGGUGUCAUAUAUGAUGUGGUGUUAUGUAGGAGGUUAGGCAGCGGCGUAGUAUAUAAGCUUGACAGCGCCGUCAGCGUUAUGGUACAGCCUGCCACAGCGGCCUCGGCCGGAAACAUUUUGGCACCCUCCUGAGGCCCUCAAUGACACAUCCUUCACG